AAAAAAAAAAAAAAAAACCCAAAAAAAAAAAAAAAGAAUUCAAAAAAAAAAAAAAAAAAAAAAAAGAGCCAGGAACUUGGAGCAGUGCGGGGAGAGCCUGGCACCGAGCUCUUAGAAUUAAAGACUUUUUUUUUUUCAUGCAAGAACUAUGAGCUCCUACUUUGUUAAUCCGCUUUUCUCCAAGUACAAAGGCGGUGAAUCGCUGGAACCAACUUACUACGACUGCAGAUUUCCACAAAGUGUAAGCAGAAGCCAUGCUCUGGUUUAUGGUCCGGGUACUACCGCUCCCAGCUUCCAACACCCAUCACACCAUGUCCAAGAGUUUUUCCACCACGGAACCUCCAGCAUCUCCAAUUCUGGAUACCAGCAAAACCCAUGCGCCCUGGCGUGUCACGGAGACGCUUCUAAAUUCUAUGGAUAUGAAGCUCUACCAAGGCAGUCUCUCUAUGGUACCCAGCAAGAGGCGACCGUGGUACAAUAUCCUGACUGUAAAUCGUCUUCCAACAGUAACUCUAGCGAGGGACAAGGCCAUUUAAAUCAAAAUUCGUCUCCCAGUCUCAUGUUCCCAUGGAUGAGACCUCACGCUCCCGGAAGGCGCAGUGGUAGGCAGACUUACAGCCGGUAUCAAACCCUGGAGCUAGAAAAGGAGUUCCUUUUCAAUCCUUAUUUGACACGGAAGCGACGGAUUGAGGUCUCUCACGCCCUGGGACUGACGGAAAGGCAAGUGAAGAUAUGGUUCCAGAACAGGAGAAUGAAAUGGAAAAAGGAGAACAACAAGGAUAAGCUCCCGGGGGCCAGGGACGAGGAGAAAACGGAGGAAGAAGGGAAUGAAGAAGAAGAAAAAGAAGAGGAGGAAAAAGAAGAAAGCAAGGACUGAGGUCUCAGCUCCUUGAAGUCUCGUUUUAUGGCAGAUGAUAAAUCGAGAUGUUUACGACGGUCAUUUGCUUUUAUAGAGUAUAGAAUGGAGAGACUCACACAACAGUAACUACCUGUCAAACAGUUGUAGCCUUUUUUAUUGUCAUAGAACUUCCCCUUCUUUUUUUUUUCUUGAUAGCUGCAUUUAUUUUGGCUUCCAAUAAAUAUAUAGUUGGCUUGACUACAACAGGAGAGAGGGGAGAAAAAAAGAGGGAAAAAAAAGAGAGGAAAAAACCCAUCCAACAUAAACUAAGCAGUCAAGCAAAUGCCACUGAUCUCAACAGCUGACCCUCCAACCUGGCUAUGUAGAUACAUAUAUUAAUGUAUGCAUCCUAUGUAUUUAUUUUAAUAGGUUGGGAUUGUAUUUCUUCCCUGCCUUGGGCUUCCCCUUGAAUGAUUUCAGGAGGAGCCCUGGUGUUGCUUUAUGCUAGCCUUAGCUUAUUUUUAAUAUCUAUAUAUCUAUAUAUCUCCAUUGCUGGUAUCCAUUUAUCAUUUAACUUUUAGCUGUCAGGCCAAACCUCCGGCGAGAGGGGAUUUUGGAGGGGGGCCAUACACUAUAAUGCACACACCUAGUAGCUAUAUUUGAGUAGAUCUGUCUGUAGAAAAAAAAUACCUGCAUGGCCUGAAUAGGCCAAAAACAUUGGGAGGCUGAGUCGAGCAUUUCAUUAUUUCUAUAGGCGCUGUUUAAUAUUUCACUGUGUGAGGACUCGACAUUCUUGAUGUACUACCUAAAGGGAAACCUGCAAUAAUAAUCCAAUCUGUUCUCAAGAAGGGGCUAACAUAUCCUAAAUUUUCCUUGGUCAGAAUUUAUUUAAGAGAGAGCUGUGUUUUUUGCCCUGGUGGAAGCUACCAAGUAGCAAAAAAUAAUAAUAAUAAUAAGAAUAAAAAUAAAAGAAUAAAAAAAAAACCCCACCACCAACCUUGUCAUGUACUUUAUCACUACCUAUAGAAAGAGUCAUGCUUUGAAAGUAUUUGUAAUGCGGUUUUGUUGUCGUUUGCUGCUGCCUAUUUUCUUGGAAAAAAAAAUUCCCAACAACUGAAACUGCCUAGUUAAGAACGCACAGUAUUGUAUUAUUUUAUUGUGCUUAUCAAGUAGCGUAGAAUUAAAUUGCACUGAAUGUAUAGUUAUCUAUUUGUCUUGACUUAUCUGUUAAUGCAACAUUGCUCGAAACAAAAAAAAAAAUCGUCAUUUGUUUUAUGUAAACGCAUCGUCCUUCGUGUUCAAACUCUGAAUGUAGCAAUCUCUGCCAGAAGCCAAUUUCUGGACACCGUGGAUUUGUAUUGUAUACGUGAGACAUUACGUAAAUGAUAAGAAUAAUAAAAUAAAAAAAGAUUU